UCAAAAUAAUGUGGCAAGUGGCUUAGUGCGCAGCGGACACGCACCGAGAAACCAGUUCACACGUCAUUACUGGUCGUUUUAAUAUAUUAUAUUGAUUUCCGCUAAAGAGCAACGCCGUAUUUCUUUACCGAAGAUGCCUGUACAUCUAACCCAACUGCUGAACGAGGCUUUAAAAUGAUGAAUCUGAAGAAGGCGUUUUAAAUUAUCGUAUUAUUUUCUGUAUUUGUACGGACAUUAUUAUACAUAUAUUUUUUUUAAAUUAAACUUGUUAUAAUAUAUUUUCUGAUCAGACCUUUAGCGUGUCGUUUUGUAUAAAAUAACUUUUUUAAAUGAUUAUUAUUAUUAUUAUUAUUAUUAUUAUUAUUAUUAUUAUUAUUAUUAUUAUUAUUAUUAUUCUUGGAAUAUCUAAGAUGCGGCAGUAAUUUGAUCGAUAACACUUUAAUCGAUAGUUAUUCAUACUUGUAACUAAAAAAAACUUUAUUAAACUAAACACACACACACAAUGCGCGCUGUUCUGUCGCGCACACUGUGGCACAUGAAUUGCACUUGAAGUAAAAAAUAAUAAUUAGUCCUACAUGAUUAAUAAAAUGUAUAAUUAUGCUUUAUUAUUAUUAAAAAUAAUAAUAAUAAUAUUUUCAACAAUAUACAACUGAGGGACACACUUUUAAAAACAAGUAUUCUCAACAAAAUAACGUGAAUUAAAAUGAUACCCUAUCCUAAUAAUAAGGAAUAUAUAAAAAUAAUGUUUAUUCAAGGAUUUAACAGGCUGUUGAACUGUUUGCUGAUAUUAUAAAGAAAUGUGGGGGAAAUAAUCACAGAGGCCUGCUCAGGUAAAGAUUGUGAAAGUCUGACUCAAUUCUCGGUGAUCUUAAAGAACUGAAAAAAAUAUAGAUGUGAAUUGAUAUCUAUAACGAAAAUGAUGUAUAACGGUAAAGGGUAGGCUAAUAAUAUAUAAUAUUUCAUAUAAUAUAAUCAUAUAAUAUAUAUAUUUAAUAUAUAUAUUUAUAUUUUUGUGUGAAAGAAGCGUUAUUGUGUACAGGAUGUUACUGGGGAAGGUUUUACUCGCUCUCUCCGGAGCCACCCUCGCCUGUUUCCUCCUCGUUUUUGUGGAUUUACAACGCCGGACUCGACUGGAAAUUAAGGGGGUGACUAUGAACGCGGGGCGCCCCGGAGCGCCGAGCGGGUCCAGAUUGGAUCCCCAGCCGAGUUCAGAGCGUCCCAAGCCGGGGAGCUCCGUGGCACAGCCGCCGCUGGACGGCGCCGAACUCCGGCUGCCCUCCAUCAGAACUUUAAACCGUAACCCGGGCGACGUGGAGCGGGACGUCACCGGCAAAACGAGCCGGUUCUUCACUGCUGUGGGAGCGAAGCCGGUAAUUAUAAGAGACCCCGUCCCGUCGCUUCAGCUGAAAGACAUUUUCAUCGCCGUGAAAACGACGCGAAAGUUUCACAGAGAGCGGCUGUCGUUGCUGUUGGAUACGUGGGUUUCAAGGACACGUGAUCACACCUACAUCUUUACUGAUGAGGAGGAUGAAGAAUUGACCUCCAGAGGUUUUCAUCUCAUCGUCACAAACUGCUCCUCUGAGCACAGCCACCAAGCCCUGUCCUGCAAAAUGGCUUCGGAGUACGAGGCAUUCAUCGCGUCCGAGAAAAAGUGGUUCUGUCACGUGGAUGAUGAUAACUAUGUGCUCCCUCACUCCCUCCUCUCUCUCCUCGCUGCCUUCCCCCUGGAUGGAGACGUCUACGUGGGCAAACCCAGCCUGAACCGACCCAUCGAGGCAGCCGAGCCGCUGCCCAACAACCAGGACAGUGAGCAACGCUUCUGGUUUGCCACCGGGGGCGCCGGAUUCUGUUUGAGUCGCAGGCUGGCAGAGAAGAUGGAACCAUGGGCAAGUGGGGGUCGGUUCAGCCUCACCUCGGAUCUCAUUCGCUUGCCCGAUGACUGCACAGUGGGGUACAUCGUGGAGCGUCGUCUCGGGGUCCCCCUGCUGCGCAGCCAGCUCUUCCACUCCCACCUGGAGAACCUGCAGCUCAUCGCGCCCCAGAACCUGAGGAGACAGGUCACGCUGAGUUACGGCACGUUCGAGAACAAACUCAACAGCAUAGAACUCAAAGGAGUCUUCACAAAACAGAACGACCCGUCCAGGUUUAAGACUCUCCACUGCCUGCUCUACCCAGACACCCGCUGGUGCCCCCAGCAGUACGCCCUUUGACCUUUCAACUUGACCGCGGUCACGUUAACUAUCGUCAAGCGCAGGAAAAAACAAAAUGCUCUUUUAAUAAAAGUCUAUCGGCCCAAACGGCGUUGGCUUAUCUUGACCAAUCAGAAGCUCUUAAAUGCUCGGGCAGCCAAUGAGAAACAAAAGGACUGAACCUCUCUCUCAGCCAAUCAGAUUCUCGGAUUAGUUUAUCAGUUACGACCAAGAAUAUAUUGUAUUUAAUUUUUUUUCUAUCUUGUGCCAACUCUGAGUUUUUACCUGAAUAACUGUGUUGUUUUUAUUAAUAAAGAUGUUUAAAUGGAAA